UUGGUCUAUUUUUUGCAGUCAAGCUCUCUGGUUGUAUGUGAAGUAGAUGAAAGUCUGAAGGAAAAACUGAGAAAGUUCCGAUUUCGAAAAGAGACCAACAAUGCUGCCAUACUAAUGAAAAUAGACAUGGAGAAACAACUUGUCAUCCUUGAAGAGGAAUAUGAGGCAAGUGUAUUUUUGACAGAGCAUUACAUUGUUAUCACGAAAAUGUUUGUUCUGAAUCUCGAACAGUUAAACUUCCUUGACAACUGUGUAAAUUCAUGGUCUACAGCUACAAAUAUGUCCAUGCUGAUGGAAGGGUGUCCUACCCCCUUUGCUUCAUAUUCUCCAGUCCAAUGGGUAAGAGGGUGUAAGCCAGAGCAGCAAAUGAUGUAUGCAGGAAGUAAGAAUCAACUCGUCCAGGCUGCAGAGCUUACAAAGGUCUUUGAAACAAGAAAUGUUGAUGACCUGACAGAAGAGUGGCUGAAAAACCAACUGGCGUUUUUUCGCUAA